AUGGAUGAACGUGGCUUGUCCACCAUCCCAUGGUUACGAGGUGAUGAACAGAGGAACAAUUAUUUGUGUUUAGGUCUAAUAUCAGAUUCAUUUCAUAUGUUUUUUGACUGCACUGCUCUUUUGGCUGGAUUAGCAGCUUCAGUUAUUUCAAAGUGGAGGUCAAAUGAUGCUUUCUCAUAUGGGUACGUUCGAGCAGAAGUACUUGCUGGUUUUGUAAAUGGCUUAUUCCUCAUCUUUACAGCAUUUUUUAUUUUUUCUGAAGGUGUUGAGAGAGCAUUGGAGCCUCCUGAUGUGCAUCAUGAGAGACUUCUUCCUGUUUCUGUACUAGGAUUCAUUGUAAAUCUUAUAGGAAUAUUUGUUUUUCAACAUGGAGGUCAUGGACAUUCACAUGGCUCUGGGCAUGAACACAGCCAUUCUCUAUUUAAUGGUGGUCUCAGCCAUGGACACAGUCAUGGAGGUCAUGGUCACAGCCAUGAACAUAAACACGGCCAUGGAUACACUCACGAUCAUGGCCAUAGUCAUGGACACUCUCAUCAUCAGGAUUAUUGUCAUGAUGACCAUUCUCUUGACGGGACGACUGGAUCCAGCAAGCAGAUUUUACAAGGUGUAUUUCUACACAUUGUCGCAGACACGCUUGGAAGUAUUGGUGUAAUCAUAUCUGCUAUACUGAUGCAGAACUAUGGUCUAAUGAUAGCAGAUCCUAUUUGUUCAAUGCUGAUAGCACUACUUAUAGGUGUAAGUGUUGUUCCACUUCUAAAAGAAUCCAUUGGAAUUCUGAUGCAGCGAACUCCUCCUUCCCUGGAAAAUGCCCUGCCUCAGUGCUAUCAGAGGGUGCAGCAGUUGCAAGGAGUUUACAGUUUACAUGAUCCGCAUUUCUGGACCCUCUGUACAGAUGUUUACAUAGGGACUCUAAAAUUACUAGUAGCUCCUGAUGCUGAUGCAAGGUGGAUUCUAAGCCAGACUCAUAAUAUUUUUACUCAGGCAGGAGUAAGACAGCUUUAUGUACAGAUAGAUGUUGCAGCCAUGUAGUGAAUUUCUAAAACUGUGCUGCUGGACCAAAGUUUUCUGUACUGUAUAUACUUCUCAAGACAGUUGCCUCCACCACUGUUCCGGAAUUGACUGAAUAGACUUCUGCCUUUGGGCUACUGAUGGAGUUCACUUCUAAGGAGUAAACAUUGAAUGAAUGUCAUGGACUUUGGGUCUUGUCCUUUUGUGGCCCCGAAACUUGUAAGUUUUUGCGGUUUUUUUUUUAACUUACUACAUUUGUUCCAAUAGGAAACUAAGAUUGUGGUACUGGAAACCCUGUCAUGUCUUCAGUGAAGCUGCUGAAACCACUGCUCAUUCCCAUAAAACCAGUGUUAUCAAAAAUUGGAAACUUGUUUUGUACAUAAUGUCACAAUAGCUGACAUGCUUCAAUAUAAUUCUGUUUGUACAAUUGUUUGUACUUUGCAAACUUAAUGAACCAAACCAUAUUGGGUUUUCAAAGUGCCUUUUAUAUCAGAAGUAUUUGCCAGCAUAGAUAUGGAACAUCAGAGGGUUUCAUUACUUUUACAAAUUUGUCUUGUAUGCAGUCUGAUAUUUACUAGUGAUGUAUGUGGGUUUUUUGUGUAUUUACAUAACUGUAGGCUCCCCUUACUCUUUUGUCUUACCAAACAAACAGAAAAAUACUAAAUGUAAAAGGCAAAGCUAUUGUGAAGAGACUUGUCUCCAAAACAAACUGGAUACUUUGUUGCACAUCUCAUGUGGAAAUUGUUUUAGUCAAAGUAUUAGACUUAAAUCCAGUUCUUAAGUCUCUUUAUCCUGUUACAGUAAUGAAACAUGACAUGAUGCUGCCCAUGUUCAGAGUCACCAAAAGGCCAGGCAGCUGAGGUAAGCUGCUGGUGACGGAAGCAACGCCUGAAGCUUUUUAUCUUCCAAAUUGUGCAGGAAGAAAAGAAUUAAAUCACUAAGUUAUUUGUGAAAACUUAGUCUCCUCGAUUUUAAUAGACUGUAGACAUUUUUAUUAAGAGAUUGGUGAGAUAACUGCUGCCUUUCCAAAUACUGAAAAUAGGUGUUCCUAGUGGUUAUACCUGAAAUGGAAAUAAGGACCACUUUUCAUGCUAUUUAAAAUUAUGCCUUUCCUAAGUUGACAAGUGUGAUAUUUUUGACUUUGUCCUACUGUAACCUUUUGUGUUUUCAUCAAAAUAAGUUUUUUCUCAAUGCAGUAAAUUUUUUUUUUUUCCCAGAAAUGGUCAAUCAUUUUUCUAGCAUUUACUUUCAUUUUCUAUUUUCAGAUUUGAGUGGUGUUUUCAAAGACAAUCUGCUAGACUUGGUGUUACAGCUAAUGAUUCUAUUAAAUUAUAGUAGUUAACUUGGUAAUGGAAGAUUUUAGAAAUGGACGUUUUGCAAGCAACGCAAUUGUGGACUAAAUUGUUUUGCAAUUGUGGACUAAAACAGGAUGAAAGCAUUCUUAUGAAAAAUCAUAGCUGCUACCGAUUGGUAUGGAUUUUAGGUAUUCUUCUGGUAUUUGAUAUGGGGAAAUACUGAAAUCAGGGCCCUCUGAAGCUGACAAUGUCUGUGUAGUAAGUGCUAGGCACUAUGGAAAUAUCUAAGAUUCAUUUGCAGAAAUGGUUUGUUUGCUACUGUGAUGUUGCUGAAAUUAUGAUAGAGAUGAGCUGUUUCUUGCAUUCGUUUCUGUUGCUCCUAUAUGGUAUCUGGAUUCUGAUCUCUUUUCACAUGAAAAUGUUGAUAAUUGCUGAACUGAUACCUGGUACCUGAAUUCAGUGGAUGAGAUGCAGGAACAUGAUCGUUCAUUCUUUACAAAGCUUGGGUCUGUGCACUUUAGCUUGUAACUGGAACUGAAAAUUGAGUGUGAAGAAACAGAGCAGUAAAAAAAGCCACGUACCCUUUUGAAGCUUUAUAGUCCCCUUCUCCCAUGCACAUUCCAGUCUUCAGACCCUUCUUUAUCCCUGUUACUGGUUUCUGAUGCUAUUCAUUCUCCUGGGAAUGCAGCUGCACUGUUCCACAUCCCUCUCCUCUGGCCUCCUGCAUGGCAGCCGCCAGCCAGCUCACACUGCACCAGGCCUGUUGCUCCAGAGUGAGGGAUGGCAUCUGAAGGCUACAUGGGCAGGGAGGGAGGUGCAGGAAUCCACUGAACAAAUUUGGAUGUCAAUGUAAGAUAUCAUUUGUAUAUCUGAUCACAAGGAAGGUAGUUAAAAGACAAAGUUGCGCUAAUAAGCACCAGGACCCCUCACGCUGUUUUUGUAGUAAGUUAUUGUUUGUUGGUGGUGUGAUUUCUUGAUUUUAUAGGUAAUAUUACUACUAUUUGAGGCUACAGAAUAGCAACAGAAAUCAUUUUAAAAGCAAGUACUAGCCAACUUUGUAGUAAUUGUAUCAUGAUUCAGGAACGCACUUCAGUUUAAAUCAUUGUUGUAGCGGUGCGGUGUGUAUUUCAGGUCUAGGCUUUCUAAAGUACUGUAGUGCCACCUAAGUUGUUAGGCCUGGCCACUGUUUUACUUUUCUUAAAGAAAAGACAAUUGCUAAGAUUUACUCUAAGUCUCCCAUUCAGAAUUUGCCUGGGUCAUAGUUGGGUUUUGUUAAGAUGCAAAUCUACAGAUGCUUUUAAUACACCUGAUGAUGGAGUGAAAAAAGCUUAUAAGCUGGUUACAAUCAAAAAACUUUAGUUUUAAUCAUGUUUUGAAGCCUUUGUAUUGCCUAUAAGGAUUUCUCAUCUGACUGUUGGAAGCACACGUGCAGCUCUGCGUUUUUCUAACCAAGAUAGUGAGAAACAUCAAGUCAUCCUUUUAAAAGUAAUGAAGGAAGUGUGACGAUAUAUAUAACUUGUUAAAUGUAAUUCUGAGGGUCAUAUGGGGAAGCCAGUUUGAAAGCAGACUUAGCCUUUUUAGUCUUUCUGAAAAAGAUCAGCAUCAAUAGAUUCUACAAAAGGCAGUAGAUAACAUAUCCAGUAGUUAAAUAUAAUCAUAUCUAAAAGGUCAAUAAACAGGGUGACAUCUAAUUUUUUUUCACCUACUUGCCUUGGUUUUACAAGACUACAAAUCAUGCAAUUGAAAGUGAAACCCUUUGUAUCUUGAACAUUAUUUUGUGUUUUGCUAAUUAUGUAAUACUUUGCUUAUUAUAAAACACACAAUAUGUUAUUAUAUAACAUGUUAGUGGAGAAGCUUUUUGGGGGAGGGAAUAGAUCUGUAUGAAUGACUAAAACAUCCAAUGAUAGGUGAAUGUCUUAGCAGAUUAUUUAUCUGCUAAAAUUGACUUUUCUGGUACCAGUACUGGAUUUUGAACUAAGUUUUCCAAAUACAAUUUGCUUAUGUUUUUUAUGGAGCUGAACAUCACCCACCGUAGGGUUACUGGUCUGUAUAAGGGGUUUUCUUCUGUGACUGAAGACAGCAACUUACAACUGUACUGUCUCAAAGGCUAAGCCUGCAAACUGCAUGCUUUUUACAGGAACUGCUGCAAAAUGUUAUUUCACUUUUCUAAGCAGCAACCUGCAAAAGUCUUAACUGCAUUUCUGGAAAGUUUUUUAAAAAAGUGCUCUAGCGUUCUAUACUUAAAAUGCCCCGAAUGUUUGGUAUGCUAAAUAAUGGGGGAAGAAAACUGCUCUUCUCCUUAAGACUAAAAAUAGUAACAAAAAAAAAAAAAAAACCAGCAAUCCUUUGUAGGCUAAUUCUGAAAACUUAUACUUAUGGGUAAGACUUGUUCUUUGUACAAAUAGGGCCCAGAUAAAGAGCUAGACUACUCACGUGAUUUGCUAAACUAAUGCAAAAAGUGCUGGUUCAAAUAAAUGACUGCUUCUUGUGGAAUCCUGUUUACUGAAACUAAAGUUUAAUCUAAUCACUUGUAAGAGCCAAUGACAAUGUCCAUUGUGAUUUUUCUAAACUUAAACUUUCUAGCUGUCUUGUAAGUGGUUCUUUUCUUUACAUACAGAUUGAAACUACUGCUACUAAUGAAAUGGACCUUAGUGAGUUUUAAUAUUCUUAAUUUUUUUUCUGAAGUAGUAAAGCUGGGUUUAAAGAUGGAGGAAGGCAAUGGUAUUUCUUUUAACUUGUUGGUAAGUAAGCCUGUUUUGGGAAUGUAAACAAGGUUUCAGAGGGGAGAGAAGCUACUGCUGAACUGCACUUUUUCUACCCUUAACCUAGACCGCUCAAUCAAAUUGUGAAGUUCAUGGCUUUUCCUUCGUACUGAGUGCAGAUUUAAGUUGCAGAAAGCUUGAUGCUUUUGUGAAACGUGAAUUAAGUUGGGCAUUACUCUUUAUUAUAUGCAAGUCCUAAUCAAUACUCAUCUAACAAUAUCUUUAAAUACCAGUUCAGAGCAAUGCUUUUAGUUACUAAUUAAGCCCUGUCUUGUUUUUUCCAGCAGCUAUCAAAAUGUCAUUUACUAUGAUUCCUCUUAUCCCACCCACCCCCCCUUUUAGGUGUGGGUAGAGAGUAGAGAGGGAUAUAUAUUAUACAUAAAUAUAUUUCAUAAUCCAGUUUUCUGACUCCCUAAUACUGACUCACCAGUUAGUUUUCCCUUUACACUUGUCCUAAAAUCCCUCUCUGCAACCUCCUGGGUUUCCCUUGGGGUUUUUCUCCCCUGUUGAGGCUUUGUUGCAGUGGCCAUCCAUGUUGGGCCUUCAUUGGCCAGAGACUGCUGUAACAUGAAAAAAAUGGUACCUGUGCUUCUGUUUUGUCUGGCAGGUGAAGACUACAGGUUUUGUUUCAUCAGCAUUUGCACAAAUCUCCUUGUGUGAUUUAGCGAGCCACAAAAGUUCCUGCCUAUGUGGUAACUUGGCGGAAAUAAUGUGUAAAGGGGAGUUGCAUAUUUCACUUCCCACAUGCAUUGAAAUCUUUCAUGCAUAUGGUAGGGUCUUGUACAAGAGUUAAAUGAAUUGCUACAAUAUUUUGGCUGGAGUGUGAAAUAAUGUGAAUGAAGAAACUGCUAAAAAUCAUGCCUGGUAGGAUACAGUGUAUUGCUUGCCUUGUUUUCAAUUGCAGUUACUUUCAGCUACGUGGAAUUACUCUUAGCAGUGAGCUUAAGUUGAAUAGAGCAGUGUCCAAAUACCUGUGACGAAAUCUGCUAACACAAGGAAGGUCACUAAAAUUCUGAAGGCCAUAUAUGAUUUUGUUCUGGAAUACUAAUGUUAGUAGCUUAGCCAUGACUUGUCCCAAGUGCAAUAUUAGAAAAUUGUAAUGUAAUCUUUUCUACUUGAAUAUGUCUAUAUAAUAUAUCCUAUAUCACUGAAAGUAUGGGAUCAAGUUUCUUUUCAAUAAAUUUUCAGUUUAAAAAGA